AUGAAUGGUAAAUCGAUUCCGGGCCGGUCGGGCAAAUCGUGCCGGCUGAGGUGGUGCAACCAACUCUCGCCCCAGGUGGAGCACAGGGCUUUCACGCCGGAGGAGGACAACACGAUCAUCUGGGCCCACGCCAAGUUCGGUAACAAGUGGGCGACCAUAGCCAGGCUUCUCUCGGGCCGGACUGACAACGCCAUCAAGAAUCACUGGAACUCCACUCUGAAGCGCAAAUCCGUAUCCAUGUGCGAGGAGUUUAAUAGUUUCGACCCGGAGGCCCUCCCGCCGCUCAAGAGAUCGGCUAGCGUUGGGCCGGUCAUGAACAUCUCCUCUUCGGGCUUUUGUUUCAUCCCCGGAAGCCCGACCGGAUCCGAUGUCAGCGAGUCGAGCCACUCGGGUAACCCUGUCUACCGACCCGUUCCCAGAAACGGCGGGAUCUCGCCGCCCUACCCCCAACCGGAGCCCGUUACGUCACUAUCUCUUUCACUUCCCGGAUACGGCAUGAAUCCGGAUAAUCCAACCGACUCGAACCCGAAAUCCGUUCCCAACCCGUGCCCUGAUCAUCUCGCUCAGUCCACCCCAACCCAUCCCCCCUUUAAAACAAAUGCUUUUGGCUUGGCGAUUCUUGCGCCAGCAGAUGUGGCUAUGGCCGGCCAAGGAACGGUGACGGCAGAUAAACAGUUUUUCAGUGCUGAGUUUUUGGCUGUGAUGCAGGAUAUGGUGAGGAAGGAGGUGAGGAACUACAUGGCGGAGAACGAGCAGAAUGGAUUUUGCAUGCAGACCGAAGCUAUUAGUAAUGCUGUGGUGAAGAGGAUGGGUAUAAGCAGGAUUGACUGA